UCGAAGCAAAUAAUUGAGAGCGCGAUCGAGAUAAGAAGCCAUGGAUCUGGCGACGGGCGCCAUGGGCUCCCUGCUCCCCAAGCUGUUCGAGCUCCUCGCCAACGAGUACAAGCUGCCGAAGAGCGUCAAGGAAGGCGUCAGGUCCCUGGAGAAGGAGAUGAAGAGCAUGCACGCCGCCCUCCGCAAGGUGGCAGAGGUGCCCCGCGGCCAGCUCGAUGAGCAGGUCAGGCUCUGGGCAGCGGAGGUCCGGGAGCUCUCCUUCGACAUGGAGGACGUCGUCGACAAGUUCCUCGUGCGUGCCGAUGAUGACUCUGAGCCUUCCACCAACACGAACAAGCUUAAGCUACUCAUCGAGAAGAUGGCCAACUUCUUCCCUAAGCUCAAGGCUCGCCAUCAGAUCGCGGACGCUAUCAAGGACAUCAAUAAGCAAGUUCAAGAGGUCGCUAACAGGCAGGGAAGGUACACCGUCGACAAUAUUGUUGCUAGAAUUGCACCCGCGGCAACCAUUGAUCCGCGCCUUAAGGCUCUGUACACAGAAGUGACAGAGCUUGUGGGCAUUGUUGGGAAAAGGGAUCAAGAGCUAAUGAAUUUGCUCUCAGAGGGAGACAGCAUAUCCACAAAAAAGUUAAAGAUUGUCUCUGUCGUUGGAUUUGGGGGAUUGGGCAAGACCACUCUUGUCAAAACGGUUUAUGAGAAGAUCAAGAGAGAUUUUGAUUGCAGGGCUUUUGUUCCUGUGGGUCAAAAUGCUGAUGCGAAGAAGGUGUUCAUGGACAUCCUUCGUGAUCUUGGCAUGUACGGAAGUCAUCUUACCGAAUUGGAUGAAAGACAGCUCAUCGACAAACUCCGGGAAAGACUUGAGAACAAGAGGUACCUUAUUGUUAUUGAUGAUAUAUGGGAUGAAAAAUUGUGGGAAAUUAUCAAUUUAGCAUUCUCUAGAAGUAACAAUUUUGGCAGUCGGCUAAUCGCAACAACCCGUAAAGUCAGUGUAUCUAAAUUAUGCUGCUCAUCUACUGAUCAUUCAAUUUAUCAAAUGAAACCUCUUAGUUCUGAUGAUUCCAGAAGGCUCUUCUACAAAAGGAUAUUUCCUCAUGAGAGUGGAUGUCCCCUUGAAUUUGAAGAAGUGUCCACAGAUAUUUUGAAGAAAUGCAGUGGAGUGCCAUUAGCCAUCAUUACUAUAGCUAGUCUUUUGGCUAGUGAUCAUCAGGUAAAGCCAAAGGAUGAAUGGCAUAUUUUGCUCGAGUCUAUUGGUCGUGGACUUUCACAAGACCCUAGUGUAGAGGAGAUGUUGAGGAUACUAUCGUUUAGCUAUUAUGAUCUGCCUUCUCAUCUUAGGACAUGUUUAUUAUACCUAAGCAUGUUUCCGGAGGAUUACUGCAUUAGAAAAGAUCGGGUGAUAUGGAUGUGGAUUUCCGAAAGAUUUGUCCAAUGUGCAAAUGCAGGAGCUAGUCUCUUUGAGAUCGGAGAAACUUACUUCAAUGAGCUAGCGAACAGAAACAUGAUCCAGCCGGUAUAUGAUUAUAAGGGUACGGAAGUAGAAGCUUGCCGUGUACAUGAUAUGGUUCUAGAUCUAAUAUCUUCAUUGUCAAGAGAGGACAACUUUGUUACUGUAUUGAAUGGUACUGGUGAUAGCAUGUCUUCUCAGAGCAACGUCCGCAGGAUGUCCCUCCAAAAUGUUAGAAAAGAAGAAGGAUGUCAAGCCACGCCUCUCAAACCUGUGAGUACGUUACAAGUGAGGUCAAUUGCUACAUUCAAACCUGCUAUUGGUCUAAUGCCGCCUUUCCUGAGCUUGGUUGUUCUACGUGUGUUGGAUCUGAAUGGAUGUGAUAUUGGUGGGCAUAAUCAUCUAAACCUUGGGGACUUGGGGAGUUUAUUGCACCUGAGGUACCUAGGUCUAGCCGGAACAGGAAUUUCCGUGGUACCGAAAGAGGUUGGAAAGUUGCAAUUUCUGCAGGUGCUUGAUUUGAGUGGUAAUUUUGAUAUAAAAGAACUGCCAUCGACUGUGAUUAAACUGAGAAGACUGAUGUGCCUACUUAUUGUAAGUGUCUGCGAGAGGCUUCCAGAUGGGCUGGGAAACCUGACAUCAAUAGAAGUGUUGAGAGAUAUCACUGUUGAUUCUAUAAGCACGGUGAAAGAGUUGGGCAACAUGAAAAGGCUGAGGGAGCUUGGAAUCAGUUUUGAUAAUUUGAGCUUGGAGUUGGAGGAAGCUUUUGUGGAGUCAAUAGGAAAACUGUCCAACAUUCAAAGUUUAGAAAUUUCUUCCAGUGCUCGGCUCGCGGACUCAAUGGAUAGUUGGAUAGAUAUUUUGGGGGAACAUUGGGUGCCCCCUGGAAGUCUCCGGGAAUUUGUCGCAAGAAAUAUCAUGUUCUCUACACUGCCUGCGUGGAUAAGAAGGAAUCCCUCGCAUCUGUCCAAACUUUCCAAGUUAGUGAUCCAUGUCGAACAAGUGCGACAGGAGUAUGUGGAAAUCCUUGGAAGGUUACCGGCUCUUAGUACUCUUGAGUUGCGUAGCUUCCGCAAGAGCGGGCCACUACUCGUCGGCGCUGGUGGGUUCCCUUGUCUGACAUCAUUCGAGUCGGAUUGGGACUCGCUGUCUGAAAUCGUGUUCCAGGCAGGAGCUAUGCCCAAGGCUGAACGAGUUGUGCUCGAUAUCGGUGUGCGGGUCACAAAUGAGGAAGCAGCUGGCGACCUGGGCAUGGGUAACCUGCCGUCCCUUCGGUAUGUCCUUGUCUGCUUGCGUCGCAAAGGAGUGACGGUCGCGCAGGCCAAGCAAGCGAAGGCUGCGCUGGAGAAUGCACUCCGUGCCCAUCCUAACAGUCCCACCUUUAGUAUCUUAUUCCAUCCGUACAGACCAGCUAUAUGCCCUUUAUCCAAAAAUCCGUACAGACCAGCCGAGUACUUUCGAAAACGCUCAUGAGUCAUGACGAUGACGUCUACUUCUCGAACGAUGAGUCGGGAGACUCGGAGUGAAGAACCUGCAGGUAACUUUUGAGGGGGGCCGGACGGUGGUGGAGAUGUACAAUUUCAUCAGGAAGCAUGCCAGCAUCUCUUUCAAGCUGAAGCGCCCGCCUCUGGUUCAAACCUCAAGGAUGUGUUGUAGGGCAUUGCACCGUCGGAAGUUCCUUUCGAGUAUCGAGGCCCCGCGGUCGGAAUUUCCUUUCUGCGAUCGAAAGCAUGAGGUGGAGAAGGAAUAGCUAGCUAGCUAGCUGUCAGCUUGGGCAGUUUUGAUGCUAUGUUCCUGCUAGUAUCCUAACCAAGAUGGCCCUACAAACACUCCUUAAUCUCUUGCUUGUAAUUGUCCAUGUUGUUCCGCUUCUGUGGUACAACGAUUUGUACCAUGUGUUUGAUUUGCUUCCCUUCGAACCAAAACGAUUUGGUUGUAAUUAUUAACUACUAAUUCUGUAACUUGGAUGGACGGCUAUGUUACGUUUGCAA